AUGUCCUCUGGGCCGCCCGUCUGGCCGGCUCAGGACGAACACACCGCCGAACCCCGUCCCCGACGGUCGCGUCGAAAGAAGGACGACGACGCCGCCGAUACCGACCGCAAGGAACCUGCCAAAUCCACGAGAGGCAAAGAUAAAGAAAAGGACAAGGAGAGCCUGAAGAAAGAGGAAAUGGACAACGACAAGAAAGAGUCGAAACGGCCAACCCGCCGUGGGCGAGACAAGUCUUUGUCCAUGUCCAACAGCAACAACCCUACAAAUGCUGCAACCCAAUCGACUCCCUCUAAUUCUCGCAAGAAGCCCAGGCUGGAACCUACACCCCCUGAUCAAAGCCCAAGCACUGCUUCUGCCGUACCUGCAGCGCCUUCACCGGCUCCGGUUUCAAUAUCAACGCCAGCUCCAGCUCCAGCGCCCGCGGCCGCGGCCGCGCCCGCACCUACUGCUUCGAUACCUGCUCCGAAAGUCAGUCCAAUGCCUCCUGCAGCAAUUGCAGCGAACCAUUCCCAGCAGCUGCCUCCCCAACCGGUUCCACAGACCCGGUCACCUUAUCCUCCCUCUCAAUUGCUCUUCUCAUCACACCACCCUACUCCUGCCGCGUCGACUCCAGCGACGUCAUCUCCAUACUCGACAAUGGUCUCUGCUCCCCCGUCACGACCGCAAUCUCAGCCAUUGGCCCCUCCUCCCAAUAGAACUAGUGGUCAAAACUACGAUCCAAUCCGCUCUGCCUUUGACACCACCUCGUCCGCGCCGGCUCCGUCUGCGGCUCCUGUUCCUGCCUCUUUUAGCCCUCCCGGCCAAGUGUCGCCUCGCCCAUUCCGCGCCAGUGCUUCGCCGGCAAUUUCUAGCAUAAUCGAUCCUCCUCAACACGCUUCACCACCACAAUAUGCUUCGCGACCGUACGGCUCACCUGAGCGAAGUGUAUCUAGCUAUCCUCCAACUCCGGCUCCGCCUCCAGUCGCCUCCCCACAUGCACAGCUACCUCCGUCCUCUUCACCGUAUGCGCACCAAUCUCCAUACGGGCCGCCCGCUUCACAGGUCCAACCUCCCCAGGAAUCUCAUACCCCUGCUCAAGUGAUCUCACCCCAGGUUCAACAUGCUGUGCCCGAACGCAAGCCAUCUCCGCCACAAUUCCAGCAAACAGCGACGGCAUCGACCCCAAUGGAGGUGGAUAGUCAACCCACUGCGCCUGCAGUAGCUGACAAGGCGCUGAAGAAGGAUUCGAAGCCUGCUACAGCACCCUCGUCAAAGCCGCCCUCACCGAAGCCUGCGCGUCCAGCGAAAGAAGUCCCUCCUCCUUUACCUCAAGGUUCAGGUCUCAUUUCCACCGCGUUAUUCGGUGGUGUAGAUGACAGCGCCUCUGACACCUCCACUCAGCGCACGCCAAACAUUAUUGUGCACAUACCUCUCCAGGGGAAUGGCAACAAGAUUAUUAAUUUCGCCCGCUUGGCAGAGGAGCAGUAUGGCUUUGCUGCGCUGUACCCACAAGUAGCUGCCCGCCAGGAACGUAUGGCGCGGGUCGCAGCGGCAGGAGCUGCACUGGAAAAGAAUGAUCGGUCUGGUCGUGGGAUUUCGGCCGGUGAGAGCGCAGAUGAAGAUCUUAGCAUGGAGGUCGAUCGCGACAGCGAACUUGAAGGUGCGGGUGCGUCAGGUGGUGCGGCCGCACAGGCAAAUGAGCCGGGCGAUGGAAAGAAACGGAGACGGCGGAGGAAGAUGGAGGAGUAUGACCGGGACGAUCCGUUCGUGGAUGAUAGCGAAAUGGUCUGGCAGGAACAGGCCGCGGCAAGUAAAGAUGGCUAUUUUGUUUACAGUGGUCCUCUUGUGGCAGAGGGUGAAAAGGUUCAGGUUGAACGCGCGGAUGGCACAAUCAAACGAGGCCGUGGCCGUGGUCGUGGCGGACGCAGCCGAGCUCCUGCAACGACCCAUCAACAGCUACCGCUGGCAGCAGCGAUACCUAUAUCCCAGGAGACAGGCCUUCCUGUGCGCGGUCCCGGAUCAAGGGGUGGCAAUAUUAAUCGCCGGCCGCGCGUGAGCAAGAAAGUCGAACAGGACAAAUCGGGCGGCCCUACGUCUGGAUCGCACGGACGAGGAGGAGGCGGUGCUGGCCGCGGUGGUUCAACAAGCACACGUGGAGGGAAAACACCGAUGGUGGAAUUGGCACCACGACCAAGUCUCGCACCUGCUCCGCCGGGCGUGAACCCUAUCGGGGGACCAGAGGUUGCCAUGAAAUAG